AUGGUGGAAGAGACUAAGCUCAUCGAGAAGUUUCGGAGAGAGUACGAACAAAGGUCCGCACUGAUUGAAAAGAGUACACGUCGGAUUAAUGACAUCUUACUACCCGAAGCACUCAAGAAAGCGGAUGUUAGAUGUCACCAUCCCCAUUUUAGAAUGAAGGAAAUGGAAUCGGCUGUCAAAUCCGUCCAGAAUAAGAGAAAGGAAAGGAUAAAAAGAGAAGAUGACAGAAAUCAGAUGAAGAAUCUUAGAGUAAGCUGGGAAAGGUACUGGGGUGAAGGACAUGUAAGACUUAACGAUUAUGGCGAUUUUUCGGAUGUCGACGAGAUGUUCAAAAGUCUCCCUGACAUCGGUGGCAUUCGGAUCCUCCUCUACUUCCCAGGCGAUGUCGAAAAGGUCGAAAAAUGUCUCGUAGAACACACCGAAAUCGAGCUCGUGAGAAGAACCAAAAAGAGCCGAUAUAUUCCAAAGGACCUGUUCGACAUGGAGAUCGCAAUCUCGCAAUGGACGAGGUUCGAGGCUCCCGAAGCUAUUUCCACAACCGAAGCCAUCUCCACAAGCGACGAAAAUUCCACAACUAGAAACAUUUCUACAACCGAAGAGAUCUUCCCUGGAUAUCGGGGAGACCAUUUUCAUGUUAAGCUCCACCGGGAUGAUUUUACCGUUGAGAUCCAGGUCUUAACACUUGUCAUGAAUGCUUGGUCGAAUAUUGAACACGAUAUUAUUUACAAACCACACGAAGCGCCAGGGCCCGAAACAAGAGCCAUUCUUGACAGCUUCAACGGCAUUGUCAUGGUCGGAGAAACCGCACUUCAGCAGCUUGAUAACCUGAAGCAGCGCGAGCUCAAUAAAGAGCUCGAGAGAAGCAAUAAAAUCGCAGUCGACAUCUAUGACGUGGGAAAGUGGAUAGGGGAGUACUACGACGAACAAGUAGGGAACCCUCGAACGCAGAAUCGCGUGACCUGGCGUUAUCUUGACAAACUUUUCGAAUUUCUCAAGGCGGAUAUGCAACAUACUUCCGGGAAUCUGAAGCAACUCGUCGAAAGUGUCUGGGAAAAGGAUUCCGAAGCGUAUCAAUGUACCCGGGAUCUACCACUGUUCAUGCUCAGGCAAAGCUGUCGUGACCAGAGCCACAAAAUUCCUACGUGCGCAGAGCUUCGCCAGAUGAAGUUUCCUCCAACAGUAGACAUCCAGCUACAGCUUGAUAGAGUCAUGGCCUCACGCGUCGUCCAUUGCUUGAACGUAACAGACUGCCUGCACGUUCGGAAACUCUUCCUAGACGUGAUGAAGAAGGUUGUUCAGGAGCCAGGACAAUCUGAAGAAGAUCGGCCAACACUGUUGGACUUCAUGGAUGUAUUACAUCCUGAUCAUGGCCGUUACGACUGGCAAUCCAAAGGAAAGCUCAGAAAGUUUUGUCAAAACUUUCUCGAUGUUGACAGGCUUGAUCGUGCCAUGGAAGACAUCCAGCGGAGUGAUGAUGAAGAGGAUAAGUACGGAAAAAAAGAAUUGAAAGAACCCUCCAAACAAGCGCUGGUCCGGCUUUGCCUAAUGAUUGUUAAUGCAGGUCGCAUCGCCUGUCCAACUUUCCAGUCUACGGAAGACCUCCCAAGGACAUACGAGCAACAGGUAAUCAUACCAAGGAUUCUGUGUGUAUUAGUUAGGGAUACAGAGUUUACACACUGGAUUCCAGAUCUAUAUCACGUCACUCAACAUUGGAUAAACACCAGCAACCUUACACCUAUGGCGUCGCCAGACAUGGAGAGGGAACUUCGGCAACACGUUCACCUACAAAACGCAUACAGGGUUAAUCCUGCGGACGUCCUAGGAUACAAUGUCACGGAAGUCAUCGUCGAUCAUCCUGGAAACGCCAACCCAUCACGGAUAUCCUGGGUCGGUGUUAACUUGAAGAAACCACAUUACAAAUGGAUUCUGAGGCUUAACUCAAGCCAUCGAAUCAAAACUGAGUUUCGAACCGACAAGAUGGCGGACCGGCCUAGAAAACAUCCAGGUUAUUUUGUUUCAAUCUGUCCGUCUUCAGAAAAUAAACCAAAGUGGCACUACACACCGAACAGGCCUCAGUGGGAGCUUGUGAAGCUCAAGGACCUACCAUUAGAUGAGGAGCCACGCGUUACUGAAUUUAGUCGCAACAAAUGCGAAUUUGAGGACUUGUUCAAUACUUUGCUUCCUCCAGACUCGCCUAUCGCAAAGAAGGGCGAAUCAUGGACAAUGACACUGGAAGGCAUGGGCUUCACCAUCGAAUCGACCGAGGACGAGUUUAUUCUCACUGAAGCGAAGGAAGACCUGGUGAAUGCUCCACCGCAUCCUUCAACACGCCGAGGCAGCAAUGCGACCUCAAAUCACUCCGUACCACCCGAAGAAAUGUCUCAGGCCGAGAACUCGCAAGCAGAAACUGCUCAAGCAGAAGCUUCCGAGGCCGAAACCGUUCAGGACAAAACUUCCCAGACCGAAAUCUCACCGGCAGAUACUUCUUAG